AAAAAAAAAAAAAAAGCUUCUCCACAUAAACGUUUUUUUAGAGGACAGUGAAACCGUCGCUCUACGAAAAAAAGUUCAGGAAUCGCAUAGACUAUGUCGAAUCCAAAUCGAGUGUCUGGUUAUACACCCGCCCUUCGAGGCUUAGGUCCAGAUCAACGUGGCGUUCCCGCCAAUCGUCAAAAUUAUCAUGCUCAUCCGCAAAGGCCACCCACACAGCGAUUCUCACAGUCUCCUGCCUAUGGUAUGGAUAAUCUGCCUCGUCCUCGUCCGCCACCUCACCGCCAACCCUACCCGGGUCAAUCCGCCAACUCUCCCCACCGUGGCCUUCCACGAUCCCAAGAUUCAAGGGAUUCACGCGAUUCCGCCCCUCAAUCAUCGUUUCACUACCCACCGCAACACCAAUCACGACAAUCGUACGCUCAGCGUCCUAUGCCUGGAGCCACUUCAAGCGCAGGACCAGCAGGCGGUCGACCUAUGAUGCGUCCUCCGGUCAGUUAUAAUGCACAGAUACGUCCAGGGGGUCAUGGUGCGUAUCGUCGCAGUAGUAUGAAUCGAUCCAGAUCGCUUUCUCGUCCUGAACGUCAACGACCACGACAAGGAAUGAUUCGAUCGCCUUCUCAACAACGGGCUAUGGCCAAUCGUUACCCUAUGCAACCAGGAACCCAAAAUCCAAUGAUGAUGCAAGGUCGACCGCGGCCCAACCAGCCAAUGUCCAAUCGCCUGCAGCAACAGUUGCAACAACAGAAGCUGCAUCAGCAGCAGGAAGCAUUACUGGAUCAGGCACCGUUGCAAGCCAAUCGUGCUCAAGAGGAAUUAAUAGACGAAGAAAAACCCAAAGUUCUCACCAGUUGGUGGGCUUGGAUCGCCUUUCUCGCUACAUGCUGUAUUCCCAACUGGUUUAUCCGUGUAUGUUUUCGAAAACCCAAUGCAAUGAUGCAGCAAGCCUGGAGAGAAAAGCUUACGCUCGUGUAUAUGAUCCUUCUCCUUUGCGGUGCACUUACCUUUAUCACCUAUGGUCUCAAUCGUACUCUUUGUCCAUCCACUCAUACGAAUUAUCCCUAUUCGCAAAAAGUGAACGGUCAACGUACACCGGUCUGGCGCCAAGACGUUCGCGUUUUUGGUCAAUUAUAUCCGUUGGAUAAAAUGAAGGAUUUCUUCUCAGCCAAAGGAUUAAAUUUAACGAAUGAUUACGAAAACAUGGACAUUAGUUCCAUCUUUGACGGUGAUACAACCGGUUCUUGUACUCGUUUUGAUACGGGCGGCGGUGUCAGUACCUUGGGGGCAUGCCGUGUCAACAGUCCAUACGGUGGUUCUAUUUCCACAACGGAUGGGAAGUGUUUGUCUGUCAGCGAACUGCGCUCUUUCUAUCAUUCCACUGUCACACUUGGCUUUGAUUGGGCCGACCUCCGUCCUAAAGGUGUGGAUGCACUAGGUGAUACCGAUCUAGUUGUACUCGGCGAUUCAGUUCUGAAUUUGACACGUUACUUUAACAGCAACAACAAAUUCUUUGGUGACGAUGUGGAUCGAGUUUUACAUGCUAGUCGUGGUAACGAUUUAUCGUAUGCAUUACUCUACAACCGAGCCGGAAAAGAGGCCCGACGUUGUUUGAGUUCACGCUACACAGUUGGUAUUAUGGAAACAGAAGCGGCCGGUUGUAUUGCAUCGCAAAUUAUUAUGACGGUGAUGUUGUCUGUGAUUAUUGCGAUGAUUGUGGUUCGUUACGCCAUGGCCUUGAUGUUCCAAUGGUUCAUUGCACGUCGUUUGGUCAAGCCAGGCGGAAGAUCGAAUUGGUUGGCUUGGCGUUCUAUCAAGGGUGGUAACGAAGAUCCAGCGAACCAUGUCCCGGGUCCCUACAACAACUACGGUCCUAUGAAUGUCGCUCGAGGAUCCAAUACUUCACUGACAUCGGGUUCUUCCUCACGUGGUACCCCUUUAAGUGAACAUAACUCUGCCGUGGAACUUGGCGGACCUCGCUCGGAUAUCGUCACGACGGAGCUGUACACAGUGAUGCUGGUUACAUGUUAUUCGGAGGGCGAAGAAGGUCUUCGUACGACCAUGGAUAGUUUGGCCGAAACCACAUAUUCCAAAAAGCACAAGAUAUUUUUCGUCAUUGCUGACGGCAUGAUCACCGGUGCGGGCGAAACAAAAUCCACUCCUGAUAUCGUCGUUAGUAUGAUGGAUUUGGAUCCUACCAUGAGCAAUCCCAAAGCUUCUUCCUACCUUGCUAUUGCUGACGGUGAGAAACAAUUGAAUAUGGCCAAAGUGUAUGCUGGUCAUUAUAAAGGGGUCCCUUGUAUCACCAUUGUCAAAUGUGGAACAGAAGAGGAGACAGAUGCUCCCAAGGCGGGCAAUCGUGGUAAACGUGAUUCGCAGCUUAUCCUGAUGAGUUUCUUUCAACGUGUCCUUUUCAACGACCGUCUGUCAGAGCUCGAUUACGAAAUCUUUUGGAAAAUGACAUGGCUCAUGAAAGGUGUAACGCCCGAUAAAUUUGAAUUAGUUCUGAUGGUGGAUGCCGAUACCAAAGUAUUACCAGAAGCUAUUACCUAUAUGGUAGCUGCCAUGGCCAACGAUAUCACUAUUAUGGGUCUGUGUGGUGAAACUCGCAUUGCCAACAAACGAGCUUCUUGGGUGACGGCUAUUCAAGUUUUUGAAUACUAUAUUUCGCAUCAUUAUGCCAAAGCUUUCGAGUCACUUUUCGGCAUUGUGACAUGUUUGCCCGGUUGUUUCAGUAUGUACCGCAUCAAGACACCUAAAAACGGAGCAUGGGUACCUAUUCUUGCGAAUCCCGAUAUUAUUUUGGAAUACAAUCAAAAUAUCGUCACGACGCUUCAUGCCAAGAAUUUACUUUUGCUCGGUGAAGAUCGAUUCCUGUCAACCCUUAUGCUGCGCACUUUCCCCAAACGACAAAUGAUGUUUGUUCCUCAGGCUCGUUGUAGGACAGUCGUACCUGACGAAUUCAAGGUGUUAUUAUCGCAACGUCGACGAUGGAUUAACUCGACAGUACAUAAUUUGAUGGAACUUGUUCUCGUUUCGGAUCUUUGCGGUAUUGCCUGUUUAUCAAUGCAAUUCUCAGUCUUUGUCGAUCUGAUCGGUACUUUGGUACUUCCCGCCGCUAUCUGUUUGACAAUCUACCUUAUUAUCGACACUGCCAUUUCCAGCAAUCCUCAAUGGCAAUCGCUGGCAUUACUGUUGGCCAUUCUUGGUUUACCUGCCGUGCUUAUCGCUGUGACGACGCUUAAAUUCGUUUAUAUCCUCUGGAUGUGUGUGUAUAUUAUUGCCUUGCCCAUCUGGAAUUUUAUUCUGCCAGUGUACUCAUUCUGGCAUUUCGACGAUUUCUCAUGGGGUGCAACGCGUGUUGUGGCUGGUGAAAAGAAGGACAAGGGUCACGGUGAUGCUGAGGGCAAAUUUGAUUCUUCGCGUCUGGUGAUGAAGAAAUGGGAAGAUUGGGAAGCUGAACGAACCGGUCAACGCAUUAACAAGAACAAGCUCGCCUUGAAAACGCCAUUGGAUCCUCCUGCUUUCGAUGGCAGUAAUAAGGGCACAAUCACACCAGCAACCGCGCCAUUUGGCACGAUCUUCAAUGACCGUAAAAUGUUUGGUCACUCUCCCGCGUCCACCAUCAAAGCUCCCAGCAGCGUAUCCUCAUAAAAAAAAUUAAUAUAUAGUCUCUUUAUCCCUCCUUCCCGCCCUUUUUCAGCUAUAGAAGAAGGAAAUUGUAUAAAUAAAGAAAUGCAUAAUCAUACAACGCAUCCUUGCAUACAAUAUCAUGGUACGCCAAGUGAAUUCGUUAUAUGCAC